CAAUUCGUUUCGCCUUCUGCUUUCACGUUGAGGAAUAGGGGGCAUAGAGAACCAUCGUUGGAGGAGUGCUGCAUGGGUAAAACAUGGCUGCUGUGAAUUCAUCAGAGAGACGCCAGGGCGACCCCAACGAUGAGCUGGGGGACCCGGGGGGUGUAGCACAGAAAUGCGAAUCAUUUGAGUAUAAAUCGACAGACCCCGAUAACAUUUUUGCUGUUGAAGAAGACAGAAUUCCCGAGGGCUCCAAUGAAAAUAGAGAAUCUAGUAUUGUUACCGAUGGGCUUGCUAGCCAGACUGAAAGUAGCAUUGCGCUUCGAGCUAAUGAUAGAUCAGAGAUAGGUAAUGAGUUGGUAGAUUUAACAUAUUCUGAAGAAAAUACCCACAACGAUGUUUCCUACAACAAGCAGCGGCAUUUCGAUUGGUCUGAGACGGAGGACGAGGAAGACCGCACGGAUGCAAAAGAGAAUGGAAACGAUGUUCAUAAUGGUGACAUGGGGAGGACUCCUGAGGUGCAGCAGGAUAAGAUUACUGAAGAUAUCUCAUAUGCAGAGGAUGUGGAAAAAGAAAAAUCACAUUCUGACGAGGAGAUGGAUAUAUCAAAAGACACAGGUGAAGAACAAGAUUGUAAUGGAGGAAAGGGGGCAGAGGAGGAGGAGGAGGAAGAAGAAGAAGAAGAAGAAGAGGGAGGAGAAGAGGAGCGAACAGUGAAAAGGAGGAAAUGUAGUCUGGAGUGCAAAGACUGUGGGAAGAGGUUCACCCGUCGGGAGACAUUCAACCUCCAUCGUCACUUCCACGCUCACCAGGAUGAACUGGCCUCACUCACCUGUAAGGAGUGUGGCCUUACCUUCCAUCACCGCAGCAGCCUCAUCAAGCACCGCAGUGAACACCAACAGAAGGUUGAACAGCCUGUGGAACGGAAGAGGAGAAGGAGCCCACAGGGAGUCCACAAGGAGGAGAGGCCAGGCUUCCAGUGUGACCACUGUGAAGAGACUUUCCCAUCACUGAGCAAACUGAGGCUCCACACCUGUGACUGUGCCCCGGAUAAGGCAUACCGCUGCCCCCUGUGCCGCAAAGAGUUCCGCAUGAAGAUCUCCAUCACCAGCCACAUGCAGACCCACUCCCUGAGCUCCCACCCCUUCCGCUGCCAGGAGUGCCACAAGAGCUUCUCUGACAUAUUUUCCCUGCGUGACCACCAGGGCUCCCAUGCCUCCCUCAAGCCCUACGCGUGCCCCGAGUGUGGCAUGGUGUUCAGGCACCGCUCUGUCAUGGAGGACCACCGUCGUAAGCACACAGAGGACACACAAGGCCCCCACCGGUGCAACAUCUGUGGGAAGCACUUCAAGUAUUCCAGCCUCCUGCAACAGCACCAAUACCUUCACACAGGUCAGAAACCCUUCCGCUGCCCAGACUGUGGCAAAACGUUUGCCUUAGCCCAGAACAUGAAGGCGCACUGCCGCCAGCAUAGACGGCACCCUCACGCCUGCUCUCUUUGCCCCCUCACUUUCCCCGACCAGGGCAGUCUGCAGGCUCACGUGUCAUGCCACGAGACAGUCGGGGGACUAGACAAGGAGAACACAAACCACGGGUUGGAGCCAAAACGUAUAUUCAACUGUCCCCUCUGUCCUCAGAACUUUCCUUCACCAGCUGACCUGAGGGCUCACAUGCUGAUCCAUGAAGCAGAGCAUGAGAGGAUGGAGAACGGGGCGUGUAAAGACGGGGAAACAAACCGUUACACCUGUCCACACUGUCCUGCCACCUACUCUGACCAGUCUAAUAUGAUGGCCCACCUGACAACUCACACGUCUGCCCGGGUCAGGGUAGAGAGGCAGGGUAAUGGACUUGAAGUAGGGAGAUCUGCUCCACUUAACACUGCCAACGUCCCAGGGAGGUGGCAUAGGGAGGAGAUGAGUAGUAAGCCUUUAAAGUGUCCAGACUGUGGCAAGUCGUUCCGUCACCGCUCUGUGUUAACGUUGCACAUGCGUAUUCAUUCCAAGGACAAGCCUUACCAGUGCAGGGUGUGCAACAAGUCCUUCAGAUUCAACAGCUAUCUGCAGCAGCACAUGAUCAUUCACACCGGGGAGAAACCAUACAAGUGCCCAGACUGCAGCAAGGACUUUGCUUUCCUGCAGAACAUGAGAACCCAUCAGAGGCUGCACACACAGAAACCGUUCCGCUGCACAAAGUGCCGUAAGGGAUACAGCGACGAGAAUCAGCUUCAGCGCCAUUUGCUGUCACACAACGGCGAAAAGCCCCACAAGUGCCACCUCUGUGAAAAGAGCUUUGGGCUGGCCUACCUGCUGCGGGACCAUCUGAACACCCACACAGGCGAGAGGCCCCAUCGCUGUCAGGAGUGCCACAAGACAUUCCCCUGGCUCGGCAGCCUGCUUGUGCAUCAGAAAAUCCACGCUCGAAAGCGCCAGGGGUCGAGUCAGCCUUAUUCUUUUCCAAUGGCCAUGAGGAUAAGAGGCAGGGGUAGCAGGAGCCGGAGCGGAGGCAGGCUGGCAUCAGGCUGGCCCAGGUGGGGUGGAAUGGGGCAAUCGGGUAUGGACACGCCCCAACAAACACCUCCAUAUCAAGUCCCAAUGUCAAGGAGUCCUGAGUGGCAGAGGAGGCCGGCCCAGCCACAGCCACCCAUGUUUUCAUCCCAGAUGGAUAUGCAGCAGCCAGGGGAGACGUCUGCGAGAAGGCCUCCACCAGUCCACCAACAGUGGCGGGUGGAAGGUGGAGAACUGAGGCCUGUCCCACUGCCUAACCAGUCUCAACCGUCUCAGGAUCCUGAAAGACAACCAGCGCCUGUCCAACAGCAGCCAUCUCCACAAAUACAGCCACAGCAGGUACCACAGUCUCCACUGGUACAACAACAAGUACAGUUACAGCUACAGCUACAGCCACAUCUACAUCCGCAACUGCGCCAACAGCAGGUUCAGCAUCAUUUACAGUCUCCGCUGAUCCAACAGCAAUUACAGUGGCAGCAACCAGGUGUACAGCUCCAGCCCCAGCUAGUACCACAACAGCAGUGGCAGCCUGACAGACAGUUGCUCCAGCAAAAGCUGCCCUGGUUACCAGAUGCCCAGCCCCGGCCCGCCCCACCACAGCAACCCCAGCAGUGGCACUCAGAUGGCCUGCCUCGGCCACCCCACCACAGCAGAGGAGUUCAGGCAGGGUAG